AUGCAUGCUAGAAGAACUCAAAGCCGAGCAUACAAGGCAUCUGACAUUCAACUGCCUCUCAUCGAGGAUGUGAUCAUGACAUCUGAACUGCUCCUAAGUCUCUUUGAAGGCUUCCAAUCGAAUUACGGUAAUGCGGUACGGCACAUGAACAAUGGAAUGAGAUACCUUCUGGAUCGACCGAUGAAACUGGUCCAUAGGGAUAUUUCGCACCUUACGAUACCACCAACUGGCCCCGCCGAGGUUCUUGGAAUCUUCUGGAACCGAAUACAGCAGAGAGCCAGGGAACUGUUCGGCAGCGACCCGCGACUUCUGAGAGAAUCUUUGUGCACGUAUACAGAUCUGAGAACGCUGCCGCCUGUUCCCAAAAUCUUCACUAGCUUGGAAGAGGCAAGAGAUGUGAUCUUCGAGGAAGUGAACUCGAUCAUGCACACACCACGGCGUGUAUGGAAGGACGAGAAGUCAAGGAGCGACGCUCAAAAACUUCAUGUCGCAAGACUUCUGCGAUGGAACGUCGCAUACGCCGAGACAAUUCAGGUAUUGCAAAGGACGGAUACAGAAAAGCAGGCUUGCAUGUUGCUUAAAUUGACUCGGAACAUGUCAUACUUAUUACUCUAUCUGACUUUGUACGUCAAUGCAUAUGUACACGGGCAGCGAGGAGAUGAAGCGAGGGACCGGCUGAUAAGAAAGAGCAUGGCAGAUGGCCAAGCAGAAAUUGAGGACUUUCUCGAGCAAUAUGUGCAAGACCAUAACGAUCAGCUGCUUACCAAUGACACUCCAGAGGACGAAGACGACCAUGCAUGCGCUUACACAACGGCUCAUCUCUGGAAAACACUCCCACACCACGAAGUACUUCUCUCAAACCUCUGUCGCCUCCACAUCAUCGGCGAAGUCAUCCUCAACCCCAGCAGUGCAUUCGGCUACCUCGAGCACAGCUGCAGCUUCGACAGCGCUAUAGGCCCACCCCUCCAACCACUACCGAUACCUGAGGCUUCGGGUAAGACUAGACAUCUAGUCAAGAAUCUUCUCGAACGACCGACUGGAGAGGAUACAGACGCUCAGCUGGACAUCUAUGGCAUCGCAGAGCAUAUCAGUGCGGUCGAGGAACAUGCUGUGAUUGAAAUAGCUCGAGCCAGAUAUACAAAUCUGCGGUGGAUAGAUAUUACUUGGUUGAUGGAGGAGCGGAAGCUAUUGUUGAGGUAUUGCAGUCCUAGUGGAGAUGGAUCUGGUAUGUGCUGGACGCAGGAGUGGUGGGAGUUCUAG